AUGGUCCCCGCACGACGCGACAUCCUGCCGGACAGGCCACUCAAUGACUAUGAGCGAUGGCUCGAAACCCAGAAUCAAGAGAACAACCCAGAUCCCUCUCCCCAUGAAAGUCAGCACGUCCUGCAUCACCACACCUCCGUACCGCAUGGCAGCUUUCCCGCCAAGGCGAGAGUCCAAAUCUCCGACGGACUUCUUUCCCAUCAGUACAUGGAAUACAUGGAAAUGGCCUCGAAAUUGGCAUUACUUGGUGUUGUGCUAGUUGUCCUCGCAAGACUUGUACGGCGUUCCCGAGCCCGACACCACCCUCCAAGUCCUCGAGUCUCUGAAGUGGAAGCAAAUACACAUGGCACAGAGGAGAAGCGCUUGCUCUGA